CCUGACAACAAAAACGUCAGUUGAUAUUGGUAACCUAGGCUACAGCUCACCAGAUAAGAAGACAAGAACAGAAGAACCAAAAACAUCCCAACGACAACCGAACCAACUAACCGUCAAACCAACAUUCCAUCCAGCUGCAUAAAAAGCGCCACGAGAUGGAGAGGUCUGUUAGAUUCGCGGUGGUGUGCGUCGGUAUCUCCAUGCUCAUCUCGUGCCACCCUAUCGAGGCGUGGUACAAGCAGUCCACCGGACCGAGCUACCACUCCGUUGGCCGAGCCUCGGGUCUGCUGUCCGGGAUCCGGAGGUCCCCGUACAUCCGGAGGUCUGAGUCAGAAGAAACGGUGAUGGACAGCGGGGAGACCACCGGCACCGAGAACAACUUGGUGACGGAUGGUAACAGACAGACCCCCGUGCUCAAAAACAUGGUAAGUGUGAUUUGCGACGUAAAAUCGUUGAAUUAAAGUCUAAGGUAGAUGAUACCCAAAGAGAGUAGGUUAGACACUAUUAGGCCUAUAUAUUGUAAAAUACAAUACAUUUCUUCUUAGAUUCUACCUGCACGCAAAUUAAUGAAGUGAAUUGAUUGCCAUUGACAAAUUUUGCCAUUGCCCAAAACAUUUACAUUAUAACAAAGUGCCGUAGUCACUUUUAAAAGUUUAAACAUCUUUAAAAAGUGAGAUUAUAAAAUUGGAAUCGACUAGGAAGUAGCGCGCCAGACGUCAGUCUCCUGCGUAAAAGGCGCUGUCCUUUUAGCACCAGAGACACGAGCAACAUCACAGAGAUGUUGCCUACUUGCCUACUUUCAUAGAGAAAUUAAAACGGUUUUAGCAGUCUUUAUGCCCGAUAAAAUACAUUGUAGACUAUAGGCUAGACCUACAUGAAUAAUAGCCUAUAAAUAGUAACCUGAAUGUGACAAAAACAAAACUGAACUAAAACCAACCUUUGACAAGACAACAUGUCUCAGUAGUCGGUCUAUAUUUAAAUGUAACAAUAAAAACUACUUUCAUUUCUUGAACAUUUGCAUCCAUUAGAUUUUUCUACAUUUCAGCACAUUUUUCCCAAACAGGCCUACCUUACUGUAUUAAUUUGCCCUAAUUAAUUAACGAACAUUAUUUAACUAGCCGUUUCUCUCUCUAAAUCUCUCUUUCUCCAUCUCUCAGGCUAUCUGUGUGAAAGACAUCUCUCCCAACCUGAAGAGCUGCGAGCUGCUGCGGGACGGCACGAGCACGUUCCAGUGCAAGGCUGACGUGUUCCUCUCCCUCGACUCGCUGGACUGCUUGGCGGCGUGAGACCCCCAAAACAACAACAGUUGACUUUCCGCGAGGUAGAUGGGCAAGAAGGGAGGCAGCGUGAGCGAAAAAGAAGGACCCGUUGAUUGAUGAUGACAUUGAAUGUUUUCUCAUCAUUUAUAUAAAAAAACGGAUGUGAAUAAUGUUUGUUUAAUACUAGCUGUGUAAAACCAAACAAAAAAGACAAAACGAAAAACCCAAAGUGCAAUGUGUGUGAGAGAAAGUUGUAACUAGGCUACAAAGCUAUUUUUUGUCAACCCCCCGACUCCCCUAUAUCCCUAUGCCGACCCUCACCCGGCACCCCUCCCUUGUAGGCUACCUGCGUUGUCAAAUGUAGGCUAUUAUUAAAUGUUCAUAAAUCGUUGCCUGCUGAGCAGAACCUGUCAAAGUACUUUUAUUUAUUUUAUUAAAAUGAAC